AGUGAGAGAGAGAGAGAGACCUAUUGGUUAGUGUUCAUCAUUUAUGCACAUAACUUCUAGGGUUUCUGAAAAGCAGCACCUUGAAGUCCUUGCAUCUGCUUUCAUAUCUUCUUAAGAGUUAGUCACAGAGAGAGAGAGAGAGAGAGAGAGAGAGAGAGAGAGAGAGAGAGAGAGAGAUGGAGGAGAGACAUGAAGGUGAGACAAUGGAGGAGUUGAUAAUGCCAGGGUUUAGGUUCCAUCCCACAGAUGAGGAGCUUGUGGGGUUUUACCUGAAGAGGAAGAUUCAAAAACAAGCCAUUUGUGUUGAGAUCAUCAAGCAACUUGAUAUCUACAAAUAUGAUCCAUGGGACCUCCCAAAGUUGGCGACGACUCUCGGGGAAAAGGAGUGGUACUUCUACUGCCCGAGGGACAGGAAAUACAGGAACAGCGCGAGGCCCAACAGAGUGACGAGGGGUGGCUUUUGGAAAGCCACGGGCACCGAUCGACCCAUCUACUCCUCACUUCAGCAGCUCAACAGUAGCAACGUCGAUGUCGCCAGCAUCAAGUGCAGCAACAACAUAAUAGGGCUGAAGAAAUCGCUAGUGUUCUACAAAGGCAGAGCUGGGAAAGGGGUGAAGACCGACUGGAUGAUGCACGAGUUUCGGCUGCCUUCUCUCUCUGAUCUACCUGCAACUCCACUCCCAUCGAGGAAGAGCCUCCCCGCCCAUGACUCAUGGGCCAUAUGCAGGAUUUUCAAGAAACCCAAGUCCACCACCCAAAAAGCCCUCUCGCACUCCCUCUGCCUCUCCCCCCCAUCAGCAACCCCACCUCCGUCGGAUCACCACCACCACAUUCCCAGCCCAUGUCCGCAAGACAAGUUCAUGCGUUCUCCCGAUGUAACGCAUUCGUCAGUAUCGCCAUCGGCGCCCGGCGAAGGAGCGCUCGACCUCGCUUCUGCUGUGUUCAACCUCCCUUCGUCGGUGUUCGGAGACUGCGCCUUCUCGUUUGUCAACCUACAGCCGGAGCCUGCGCAGAGGGUCGGAGCGGACGGAAGAGACGGUGGUGGUGCAGAAGAGUUUGAACGUCGAGAAUUGGCGGGCGUCGUCGUCGAGCUCGCUUCUGAUGGAGCGUUGCUUCACGUCGUCUUGGAGUAAUUUCUUCAGUAGGUGCGCCUGAGAGGUUUCUUGACAACAUUUAGUGUUCAAGAGUCCGAAAUCCGAAUUGAAAUGUGAACAACUUUUUAUUUUUAUUUAUUGAAUCGACGAUGAAAAAUCAAGUUGCAACCAACCUAGUUCCACACUUAGUGAUGAACAAUACUGCUAAAGUACCAUGAACGGUAUUUUCG